AUGAACUCCCUGAGAGCCACGAACCGGAGACCCAGGCGAGUUUCCAGGCCGCGCCCGCUACUGCCUGAAAGAAACAACGGGGAGAGAGAUGAGGAGGCUCCUGCCGCCGCUGCAGCAGAAAUGGCCAUCGAAGAGUCCGGUCCCGGAGCCCAGAACAGUCCGUACCAGCUUCGCCGAAAAACGCUGCUGCCCAAAAGAACCGCUGCUGCCUCUGCCACCGCCUCUGCCUGCCCCAGCAAGGGCCCCAUGGAGGGAGCUUCCACGUCGUCGACAGAAGCGUUCGGUCAUCGGGCCAAACGAGCGCGUGUCUCUGGGAAGAACCACGACCUCCCAGCCGCACCAGCCGAGCAGUACCUCCAGCAGAAGCUUCCGGACGAGGUGGUCCUGAAGAUCUUCUCGUACCUCCUGGAGCAGGACCUGUGUCAGGCCGCCUGCGUCUGCAAGAGGUUCAGCCAGCUCGCCAACGACCCCAUCCUCUGGAAGCGCCUUUACAUGGAAGUGUUCGAGUACACGCGUCCCAUGAUGCACCCUGAGCCUGGACGCUUUUACCAGAUCAACCCUGAGGAACAUGAGCACCCUAACCCCUGGAAGGAGAGCUUUCAGCAGCUGUACAAAGGCGCUCAUGUCAAACCAGGCUUCGCGGAGCACUUCUACAGUAACCCCGGCAGGUACAAGGGCCGCGAGAACAUGCUGUACUACGACACGAUAGAGGACGCUCUCGGGGGAGUACAGGAGGCGCAUUUCGACGGCUUGAUAUUCGUACACUCCGGUAUCUACACGGACGAGUGGAUCUACAUCGAGUCUCCCAUCACCAUGAUCGGAGCAGCUCCUGGAAAAGUAGCCGACAAAGUGGUGAUAGAAAACACUAGAGAUUCGACGUUUGUGUUUAUGGAAGGUUCUGAAGACGCAUACGUAGGAUACAUGACUAUUAGGUUUAACCCUGACGAUAAGUCGGCGCAGCACCACAACGCGCACCACUGUUUGGAGAUCACCGUCAACUGCAGUCCCAACAUCGACCACUGCAUCAUCCGCUCCACCUGCACCGUGGGCUCGGCGGUGUGUGUGAGCGGUCAGGGCGCCUGUCCCACCAUCAAACACUGCAACAUCAGCGACUGUGAAAACGUAGGACUGUACAUCACGGACCACGCACAGGGUAUUUAUGAAGACAACGAAAUUAGCAACAAUGCGUUAGCCGGAAUAUGGGUGAAAAACCACGGCAACCCCAUCAUCAGACGCAACCACAUCCACCACGGGCGAGACGUCGGGGUCUUCACCUUCGACCACGGCAUGGGUUACUUCGAGAACUGCAACAUCCACAGAAAUCGAAUCGCGGGUUUUGAGGUGAAGGCGUACGCCAACCCGACCGUGGUGCGGUGCGAGAUCCACCACGGUCAGACGGGCGGCAUCUACGUCCACGAGAAGGGCCGCGGGCAAUUUAUAGAAAACAAAAUCUACGCCAAUAACUUCGCCGGAGUCUGGAUCACGUCAAAUAGUGACCCCACGAUACGGGCGAAUGCAAUUUUCAACGGCAAUCAAGGCGGCGUGUACAUAUUUGGAGAUGGGCGGGGCCUAAUAGAGAGCAACGACAUCUACGGGAACGCUCUGGCGGGAAUCCAGAUCAGAACCAACAGCUGCCCCAUCGUCCGGCACAACAAGAUCCACGACGGGCAGCACGGGGGCAUCUACGUGCACGAGAAAGGCCAGGGCGUGAUCGAGGAGAACGAGGUCUACAGCAACACGUUAGCGGGAGUGUGGGUGACGACAGGCAGCACUCCGGUUCUGCGAAAGAACCGCAUCCACAGCGGGAAACAGGUCGGGGUUUAUUUCUAUGACAACGGACACGGAGUCUUGGAAGACAACGACAUCUACAAUCACAUGUAUUCUGGCGUCCAAAUAAGGACGGGAAGCAACCCAAAGAUCCGACGCAACAAGAUCUGGGGAGGACAAAACGGAGGCAUUCUGGUUUAUAACUCAGGUUUGGGCUUUAUCGAGGACAACGAGAUCUUCGACAACGCUAUGGCCGGAGUGUGGAUCAAGACUGACAGCAACCCGACUCUGAGGAGGAACAAGAUCCACGACGGCCGAGACGGAGGCAUCUGCAUCUUCAACGGAGGCCGAGGUUUACUGGAGGAGAACGACAUCUUCCGGAACGCUCAGGCCGGAGUCCUCAUCAGCACCAACAGUCACCCCAUCCUCCGCAAGAACCGCAUCUUCGACGGCUUCGCUGCAGGGAUCGAGAUCACAAACCACGCCACGGCCACUCUGGAGGGAAACCAGAUCUUCAACAACAGAUUCGGGGGCCUUUUUCUGGCCUCGGGGGUCAACGUCACCAUGAAAGACAAUAAGAUUUUGAAUAAUCAAGACGCCAUCGAGAAAGCAGUCAGUCGAGGGCAGUGUUUGUACAAGAUCUCCAGCUACACCAGUUACCCCAUGCACGACUUCUACAGAUGUCACACGUGUAACACGACGGACAGAAACGCCAUCUGUGUAAACUGCAUUAAGAAGUGUCACCAAGGCCACGACGUAGAGUUUAUACGGCACGAUAGGUUUUUCUGUGACUGCGGCGCUGGGACCCUGUCGAACCCGUGCACUCUGGCGGGAGAGCCCACGCACGACACGGACACUCUGUACGACUCGGCGCCGCCCAUCGAGUCCAACACGCUACAACACAACUAG